AUGGAGCACGACGACGACUACUUCACACCCCAGCACGACGGCCAGCACAGCGCCGGCGCCCAGAUCGACUCAGACACCGACAUGGCCGCCUCAGCCUCCGCAUCGUCAUCGCGGGCCGCCAUGCUCUCGUCGCCCGUUGCGCACACCCGCAAGCCCAGCAGACUGUCGCGCUCAGGAGUACCACGCCCAAUAAUAACACCUACGAGCCCUCUGUCGUCGACAAUACCGCAUAACCUGCUUCCCUCGGCGCCAGCAUCGCCGCCAACACCAGCGCCGAGUCCAACACCGACACAGCGAGCACCUGAUUGGAGCACAGCAGCCGAACAUGAAGACUCACACAUCAAGGCCAUACGAGGGCAUUUCGGUGAUAUGAACAGGGCAGAGCGCCUGAGGUUAUUAGGAGAACUGCUUAACCUCUGCGACAGCCAAGAACUGAGCUUCGUCGCCGAGUUCGUAAGCCCGAGGCUGAAAAAGGACCCGUUCCUGGUGCUUCCCACAGAGCUGUCCUUAAGGAUCCUCGAAUGCGUGGAUGACCCCACCACACUCGCGCGAGCGUCACAGGUUUCUAAGAAGUGGCGUGAACUAGUCAACGACGACGGCGCUUGGAGGUUAUUGUGUCAGAAGUACUCAUUUAGGCAGCUUCUGCCCCACGAACGGAACGAACCGGACUCCCCGAGCGACGAGAUGGAUACCGAACAGCCAUGGGCGCAGGAGCCAGACCGCGCAUCGAGAGCAGACGACACUCUUACGAACAAGCUCCUAGAAGUGGGAUCACCGAGCGCAGGGACUGGAGAGCUACGAACUCAAAGUCUGGACCGUAAUGCGAAGAGGACUACGUCGCAGCGCAAGUCGAAAGCCAUCACAUAUCGAUCACACUUCAAGCAGCGGUAUAUGGUUGAAACAGCAUGGCGCAACGGCGGUGUAUGCGACGCACGACAGAUCACACCAGAUCAAGGUGUGGUGACGAGUCUCCAUCUGACGAAGAAGUACAUCGUAGUCGCGCUCGACAACGCUAAAAUCCACGUCUUUGACACAGUCGGUGACCACCAGAAAACAUUGCAAGGACACGUUAUGGGUGUGUGGGCAAUGGUGCCCUGGGGCGAUUUGUUGGUCAGCGGUGGUUGUGACCGCGAUGUACGAGUGUGGAACUUGGCUACAGGGUAUCCUCAGUUCACACUCCGCGGACACACUUCGACAGUACGAUGUUUGAAGAUGUCAGAUGCCAACACCGCAAUCUCCGGCUCGCGAGAUACAACAUUGCGAAUCUGGGAUCUGAAGAAGGGCAUCUGCAAGCAUGUUCUGAUCGGUCACCAGGCCAGCGUUAGGUGCCUGGAGAUUCACGGCGACAUUGUUGUAUCAGGUAGCUACGACACCACAGCGAAGAUCUGGAGCAUCUCAGAGGGCAAGUGCCUGCGCACUCUUACAGGUCACUUCAGUCAGAUCUACGCAAUUGCAUUCGAUGGAAAAAAGAUCGCAACAGGCAGCCUGGACACAAGUGUCCGAAUCUGGGAUCCAAAUGACGGAAAAUGCUUGGCUGUGCUACAAGGCCACACCUCACUCGUUGGACAACUCCAGAUGCGCGACGAUAUCCUUGUGACUGGUGGAUCAGAUGGCUCGGUUCGAGUCUGGAGUUUAGCAACUUACCAGGCGAUUCACAGACUAGCUGCGCAUGACAACAGUGUCACCAGCUUACAGUUCGACAACACGAGGAUCGUCAGCGGUGGUAGUGACGGGCGAGUCAAGGUCUGGGACCUGAAGAAGGGCACCCUCGUACGAGAACUCAGUACACCAGCGGAAGCAGUUUGGAGAGUUGUGUUUGAGGAAGAGAAGGCAGUCAUCAUGGCCAGCAGAGUUGGGCGCACAAUCAUGGAGGUCUGGGACUUCUCCCCACCACCAGACGAGGACUACGACACACCACGCUCCGGCAGUCCAGCAAGCAUGCCUGAUCACCUCGACAUUGAACACCCCCGUCCUCAGUCCGCUAUCCUUCCUCGUACAAUGCCGCUUGUCCAGGAAGACGAUGGUGCUGGCGACGUCACGAUGGCAGAUGCUGGCGAAGUCUGA